AUGAAAGACUUGGCUUUUUCAACAGUCUUAGUUUUCCUGUCUUUCGUUGAUACUGCUUUUGAGAUGCUUGAUAAUAAAACAUUUUUAAUAUAUAAUGAGGAUACUAAGUUCUGUUUAAUUGCUCGGAGUUCUAACGCGGUUACAACAGCUGCUUGCAACAAAAACACUGAAUUACAAAAAUUCAGGUGGGUGUCUGAUCACCAUGUGAUGAGUGUGGCAUUUGCACAAUGUUUGGCAGUGCCCUACAAGCAAAACCAGGCUAAAAUUUCUUUGUACCCCUGCAACAAGAAAAGUGAAUUGCAAAACUGGGAGUGCAGAAACGCAUCUUUGGCAAUCCAAGGUGAAGAUUUAUUUCUCAGUGCUGGAAAAAGGGAAGGAGGCAAUAUCGUGCUGAACACAGCAUCAGGAAGGAUUAAUAAAUGGAAGAUUUAUGGAACCAUGGAUAAUUUGUGUUCUAAAGGCUAUGAAGAUCUGUUUACACUGUUAGGAAACUCCAAUGGAGCUCCAUGUGUCUUCCCCUUCCAGCUGAGUGGCAAAUGGCAGGGGGGGUGCACGGCUGCUGGGAGGUUGGAUGCUUUGCUCUGGUGUGCAACAACCCCUGACUUUGACACGGACCAUUUGUAUGGGUUGUGUCCAACUGGUGACUAUGCCAGAUUUUGGACUACAGAUCCUUUGACAGGAACCUACUAUCAGAUAAACUAUCAGUCAGCUCUCACAUGGCACCAAGCAAGGAAGAGCUGCUGGCAGCAGAAUGCAGAAUUAUUAAGUGUCACAGAGAUACAUGAGCAAAUGUAUUUAAGAGAUUUGAUUGACAGCAAGAGAUCCUCUCUCUGGAUUGGGCUUAACAGUCUGAAUCUCAACAGUGGCUGGCAGUGGAGUGGUGGCAUUCCCUUCAGAUACCUCAACUGGGCACAAGGAAGCCCUGAGCCUGAAUCUGAGAAACUCUGUGCAGCACUAAAUCCCAGAAGAGAUGCUAAAUGGGAAAACCAGCCAUGUCAUCUGAAACUUGGCUAUAUCUGUAAAAAAGAAAACUCCACACUGAAUCCUUUCAUUCUUCCACCAGGGGAUGAAGAGCCUGUUAAAUGUCCAGAAGGAUGGCUGCCCUAUGGGGGUCACUGUUUCAUGAUUCACAGAGAGCCCAGAGUAUGGAGAGAAGCCCUAAGUUCCUGCAAUGAGAGCAAUAGCAAUCUGGCCAGUAUCCACAGCCCUCAAGAGCAUGACUUCAUACUCUCUCAGCUUGGCUACAAAGCUGUGGAUGAGCUGUGGAUUGGUCUGAAUGACCUCAACACUCAAAUGUACUUUGAGUGGAGUGAUGGAACUCCUGUGACAUAUACAAAAUGGUUGCCUGGAGAACCAUCCCAUGCACUCAGUGGAGAAGAAGAUUGUGUCAUUAUGGCAGGAGAGGAUGGAUACUGGGCAGACAGUGCUUGUGACAGAAACUUAGGCUUCAUCUGCAGAAGAGACCCACUACAAGGAUUUUCUGGGACAGUAAAGACUGAUCCUGCCUGCCAGAAGGGCUGGGAAAGACAUGGCUUUUACUGCUACCUGGUUGGACAUACCUUGGUUACAUUUUCAGAAGCAAAGAAAACCUGUGAAAGGAGCAGUGGUUAUUUAACAACUGUAGGAGACAGAUACGAGCAAGCCUACCUGACCAGCCUUGUUGGGCUGAGCUCUGAAAAGUAUUUUUGGAUUGGUCUCUCAGCCACAGAAGAGCAAGGGAUGUUCCAGUGGGUGACUGGUGAAGGUGUUCUGUACACAAACUGGAACACAGCGAUGCCUGGAAAUGAAGCUGGUUGUGUUGCCCUAAGGACUGGAAAUGCAGCUGGAUUGUGGGAUGUUCAGAACUGUGAAGUAAAGGCAAAAUUUCUCUGCAAGAAACUAGCUGAAAAAAUUACUCUUCCCCUUUCUCCUGAAGCAGUUUCUGAGUCCAAAUGUCCCUUGGGUUGGGAUGAAAGCAAUAGCACUAAUUCAUGCUUCAGAGCUUUUGUGAGAGAAGAAAACAGAAAGAAAUCAUGGUUUGAAGCCCGAGAUUUCUGCAGAAAAAUAGGAGGAGACCUGGCUGCUAUUAGAAAUGAAGAAGAGGAAACAAUUAUAGGAAACUUAAUAAUAAAAAAACCUCCAUCAUCUCAUCCUUUCUGGAUAGGCUUGCAGUGUUUGGAUCCUAAUGGUGGGCUAUACUGGAGUGAUGGAUCCCCGGCGAAUUAUAAGAAAAUUUAUGUUUGCAAUAUGGCAUUUGAAGAUUGUGGAGCAAUUCAGAAAAAUCAUAUCUCACCAUGGACUUUUGAGCAAUGUCGAUACAAUCAUAACUGGAUUUGCCAAAUACAUAAAGGGACACCCUUGAAACCAGAACCUCCAGACCCUUCUGCUGCAUAUGAAGUUGCAGAAGACGGCUGGAUUUUAGAAGGGGACAAGCAAUAUUUUUUCAGCACAGAAAAGACCCCUAUGGAGAAAGCUAGAAGAUUCUGCAAAAGCAAUCAUGGAGAUCUUGCUACUAUUGAAAAUAACAGUAAAAGAAAAUUUUUUUGGGAAUAUAUCUUAAAAAAUGGCAAAUUGGAGUCAUAUUUCAUAGGAUUAAUUCAGAAAUCUUACCAACAAUUUAGCUGGAUAGAUGGAAGCCCAGUGCACUAUGUAGCCUGGGCACAGGAUGAGCCCAACUUUGCCAAGGGUCAAGAAAAUUGUGUGGUCUUAAAUAGAAAUUAUGGAUUGUGGAAUGAUGUUAGCUGUGCUUUUUCAAAUGGCUAUAUAUGUGAGAGGCACAGAAAUUUUAUAAAUGCAACACUUCCUUCAGAGGUACCUUCACUUCCUGGAGGAUGUCCAGAAGAUUGGCUUUUAUUUAAAAAUCAGUGUUACAAAUUGUUUGGCCCUUCCUAUCAUCAGUGGUCUUCUGCAAGGCAUUCCUGUAUAAACCUAGGAGGAGACCUGGCCAGCAUACAUAAUGAAGAAGUACAAGCUUUUCUCACCUAUCACUUGAAGGAUGUUUCAGAUGAUGUCUGGAUUGGCUUGAAUGAUAAACUCCAUGAACUCAACUUUGUUUGGAGUGAUGGAAGUGCUGUCUCCUAUACAAAUUGGGCUUCAGGUUCCCCAAAACUUCACGAACCCAUUUUGUUUGACAGUCUACAUCCAGAAGAUGGACACAAUCGGCUUCAGUUUGAUUGUGUUGCUUUGAAGAGAGGUCCUGCUGCUGACAUAGGAAAAUGGUCUGAUGAGGGGUGUUAUGAGUUUGUAGGGCAUAUAUGCCAGAAGAAUAGUGAUCCUAAACUCUUAAAGACAUCAGGAACAGUGCUGGAUUUUGCUUUUGACCAUUCUAAUGGUGUUGGCUAUUUUGUCACCAGUACCAAAAUGAAUUGGGAGGAAGCACAGAAAAACUGCAAUAACAAUGCCUCAGAACUUGCCAGCAUUUUAGACCCAUAUAGCCAGGCACUGUUAUUCUUAUUUGCACUGGAAUAUGGAGAGCCUCUGUGGAUUGGUCUUAACAGCAACAUGACCAAUUCCAGGUAUCAGUGGAUUGACCGAUGGAGAUUAGUUUACAGCAAGUGGUCUGAAGGGGAACCAAAGCAGACAUUAGCAUGUGUCUACUUAGACACUGAUGGAACCUGGAAGACAGCUUCUUGCAAGCAAAAACUCUUCUCUGCCUGUAAAAAAUCAGAUGUAAUGGCCCCUACUGAGCCACCACAACUUCCUGGAAAAUGCCCUGAAUCAAGAGGACACAAAUCUUGGAUACCUUUCCAUGGCCACUGCUAUUACUUUGAGGCCUCCAGGAAAAGAAGCUGGUCUGAAGCUCAACAGGAAUGUGCUCAACUAGGUGCUAAUUUGGUAUCAGUUGGACAAUAUACUGAAGCACACUUUCUGUUGGACACAAUUAAGAUACUCCAUGGGAAAUCACCAAACUUUUGGAUAGGGCUAAGAAAAAAUGAAGGACAGUGGUCAUGGACAGACAAACACGCAAUGGACUUUGUCAAUUGGCAGACAGGAGAACCUUCAAAAAAUAUGAAUAAAGUCUGUGGAGAAAUGUGUGCACUGUCUGGCUACUGGAAUGCCAAUGUCUGUUCUUUCAAGAAAGGCUAUAUCUGUAAAAAACAAAAAACUCCUGAAAACUUAGAGAUAUCAGCUGAAAAUACAGAUGGGAAAAUGGAGAAAGUACUUUCCACUGGCAUCAUUUGGCUGCUCAUCCUUCUAGCCCUUUCUGUAGUUGGAGCUGGAACUAUAAUUUAUUUCUACUUGAGGAGGAAAAGACAAAACCUGCUGCAUGCUUCAACAAGAAUGAGUGGACCAGAAGCAAGUCUGGAUAUCCAAGAAAAAGAUGCACAUACUGACAUGUAGUCUGGCAAAAUGCCUGUGUGCUCCAACUAACAAGAAACAGCCUGUGGGUCAGUGAAAUCUUAUACCAGCUUUGCAUUUUCCUACUCAGAUAACAGCCUUUUUUCUUCACAAACAAAAAUUUCAUGUGUUUAUACAAAUAAACACACAUACACACAUAUGUACUCCCUUCAAGAUUCAUUCCAAAGUGUUAGAGCUUAUUUUGUUUAGGGAGCAUACAUACCUUUUUCACAUAAAUAAGCACAGCUGAAAAGUUGGCUACAGAGGUGUUAAUGGGAAAAGUCUAACACACUUGCACUAUACAAAAUAAUAUUUAACUCAACAGAAAAAUUCUCCUUUUUGCACACAGGGAAAAUGAUAACACAUAUUGUUACAUAAUUUUUUUCCUGCUGUGAUGCUUCUGUGUAAUCUAGACCAUGACAGAAAACACUCCUUAUUUCAGAUUUUCACCUUCACAGCUUAUGAUACUAUCUUGUCAUUCACGUAAAACCUGUUAUAAUACCUGCAGAUGUGAAUUCACUAUUUUCUUACCAAAAAAAAGAUGGAAAAAAAAAGAAAAAACUCCUUUCCCUACUUCUGGUCUGAAUUUUGGGAAUAAUUUCUUACAGCUUUG